AUACCCACCUAGUGUACCUAAAUCUCAUACAUCAAUUAGUCAUUGCACGUACCUAAUUGAGAGCUUGAUUCACGAAUCCAUUGGUAACACAUAAAGCCUAUUUGGUGUCAAAAUCAUAUACCCAUUUUUACAAGUAGAUGUUGAGCUUUGCUUUACAAGAACUUUAGCUUGGCAUAUUGGACACAGAUCCAUCAAUAACAUGUGUACAAAGCAAACACUAAUGUUUAAUUCAAGCACUAGAAUUGUUAAAAUGUGCUUGAGUAUACUUCUCUUACUGGUUUUCUCUACCAUUGCCUUUUCUCAAUCAGUCAUUGAAUAUGUACCAGGAUAUCCUGGCAAGCUUCCUUUCAAACUUGAAACUGGAUACAUUGGAGUAGGAGAAACAGAUGAAGUGCAACUAUUCUACUAUUUCAUUGAGUCUGAGAGGAGCCCAGCCAACGAUCCCCUUGUCUUCUGGCUAACUGGAGGCCCUGGUUGUUCUGGGUUCUCAGCACUUGCCUAUGAAAUUGGUCCAUUGACAUUUGAUUAUGCAUCUUUCAAUGGGACUUCACCAGCAGUCACAGUGAACCCAUACGCAUGGACUCAGGUGGCCAAUAUUAUAUUUAUUGAUGCACCAGUUGGAGCUGGAUUUUCAUAUGCAACAACCUCAGAAGGUUACUACACCUCAGACACAAAAUCAGCACAACAAAGCUAUACUUUUUUGAGGAAGUGGUUGCUUGAUCACCCACAAUUUCUUGGAAAUCAACUCUACAUUGGUGGUGAUUCCUAUUCUGGUCUCAUUGUUCCUAUGCUCGUCAAACAUGUACUCGAAGGUCUGGAAGCCGGACUCAAUCCAACAAUGCAACUUCAAGGAUACUUGCUCGGGAAUCCAGUGACAGAUUCUUAUACUGAUGUCAAUUUUAGGAUCCCUUAUGUGCACAGGGUGAACCUUAUAUCAGAUGAACUCUAUGAGGCGGCCAGAUAUAAUUGCCACGAGGAUUAUGUCAAUUAUAGUAUGAACAAUACACUAUGUGUGACCGCUCUUCAAGCAAUCAAAGAGUGCCUUCUACAAAUAAACCUAGCACAAAUUUUGGAACCUCAAUGUGCUUUUGCAUCCGGAAAACCAAAGGAGGUUGAAUGGGAUUUGAGAGUUCAGGAGUCAAAAACCAUGAACUACCUACUCUCAGAAACUAAACUUCCUGAACUAGAGUGUCGGGGCUUUACAUAUGUGCUUGCUUACAAGUGGUUGAAUGAUGAUAGAGUCCGAAAAGCUCUUCAUGUUCGAGAGGGAACCGUAGGUUCAUGGGUAAGGUGCCCCAAAUCUUUGUCGGGUUACACAGAAGAUGUCACAAGUAGUGUAGCAUAUCAAAAAAAUCUCACAGAGACCGGUCUCCGGGCUCUGAUAUACAGUGGGGAUCAUGACAUUUCUGUUCCAUGGGUUGCUACAUAUGCAUGGAUAAAAGCUCUUGGUGUGGCCGUUUUUGAUGAAUGGCGUCCAUGGUACCUUGAUGGUCAAAUUGCCGGAUACCAAGUGAAGUUCAUGAAUGAUCAGUACCGCUUGACUUACGUAACUGUAAAGGGUGCAGGUCACACGGCGCCAGAGUACAAGCACAAGGAAACCCUUGCUAUGGUUGAUAGGUUUUUUGCUCGCUAUCCAAUCUAAUUAGUCGUUGAAACUAAGAAAUAUUGAGUUAUUUAUAUUCUUGCUUGGAGGCAUAUUUUUUAAUAAAGUCUUGUUUUUUUAUUAAUGUAAUCGGAAGAACAUUUGGGAAUUAAAUAUCUUGCGUUCUCAAAAUUGGACUUGGUAGAAUUGAUGCAAUGCAAAUACAAUGUAAAUUGCAUAAUUUAGUUCACUGUUCAAGUUUGAUGCUAGGAAACUUCGGAAUUUCUUCCAAGUUGCCUGUUUACUUAAAGAAAGAGGCAACAUAUCGAGCAGAAAGUUUUGUGAACUUCGAAUGAAUUAAUGAUCAGUCAUACUCUUGGUAUUAAUGAAGAAUGAUUGUGUGGUACA